GACAGACAGAACGUUCAGGUUUGGCGGCUCAGGGAAUUCCUGUGGUAUGAGGUAUAGGGCCCUCUCUCCCUCUCACUCUACAUUACGAAAUGACACACUUCAAAUAACGUACAUAAUGUAUAGGUCGAUACCACCGGUGAAUCACUCAGAUACUUCAAUCUGUUUAUUUUUCUUUUACGAGCGAGAGAGAGAAUAGACAUACCUUUGUUAGGUUCUGAACAAAGAGAGUAAAAACUCAAAUGGACUACUAGAAAAAGCUUAAAGCAAGUUUAUCAGUAGAUAUCUGUUGAACUUGUUCGGAUUCUCUAGUCUGUGUUGUGUUCCACAGGCAAUCCUUUGAGCUCCACGACGGUGGUGAGGAGGUGGAGAGAACCCAAUCACAGCUGAUGAGAGUGGUGAGAGACAGGACAGCCAACAACAAUGACGACAGCUAUGUCCUGACCAGGGUUACACAGAAGUAAAGUUGGAGGAUGACCUGGCCGCCAGGGAAAACCCCAUGAUCAAUGACAUCAGAAAAGACGAGAGAGAUUUCAGUCACAUACCUGAAGACAGUAUCCCAGAGCAGCUUCCUGCUGAGCAGGAUGGCUCCAGGUUCAAACCCUCAAGGAGCCACAGGGAGGCGCCAGAUGAGCAAGGCGAUUCUCCAGGUGCCUUGCAGAUCGCCAACGGAAACCCUGUGGCCAUGACGAUUAUAUCUCCUUCCCCUCCCACCACCGUCGACAUCGGUGACUUGAGGGACGUCCUGAACUUCACAGCCGAGCUCCGCUCUAUCCCAGCCCCCAUAUCCGUGGUGGAGGUUGACACCCCCCUCGAGUCUGUACCCCCUCCUGUCUAUUCAGGGGACACCCUGGACGCCCCCAUCAUGAAUGUACUUCACACCCUGGUGCUGGAUGCCCCCAUCGUGGACAAUCUUGCACCUGUGGAUGCCCCCAUUGUGAACAGCCUUGAACCUGUUGAUAUCCCCAUCGUGAAUGACCAUGACCGCCUGGAGGCCCCGGCAGAAUUCAGCUCCAACUUUAUCGCUCAGCUUGAAGAAGAGGGUCAGGUGGAGGGUGAGGAGCAGGGGCCUUCCUUGGGGGUCCGACCCCAGCACACCUAUGAGAUCAUUGGGGAGCUCACUCCUGAUGAACCCUCUGUGGAAGUGGACCUGGCAACCCCAGGCUAUCAAACCAUAGCUGAACUGGUCCACGAAUCAACCACACAGCCUGACGAUGACACAACCAUGGUCACAGAGCCAACGGACCUGGCAAGCCCAGGCUAUGAGAUCAAAGCUGAACUGGUCCAGCAAUCGAGCGCAACCACACUGCCUGAUUAUGAGCCAAUAAUAACUACAGUAACAGACCCGGGGGAGGGGCUUGACCUGACAAGCCCACUCUCAUUGGUGGAGGAGGAAGAGGAGGGUUUGAGUGACAGGGGGUGGAAUCCAAUGUAUGCCAGGGUGAGCAGGAAGCUUAAUAAGUGCCCUACCCCACCCCCUGUGCCUCCACCAGAGGACGAGGAAGACGAGGAAUCUUUACCUCCAUUACCGGAAAGAAGUGGAGAGAUGGAGGGAUGAUCAUUGUAGAAUAUCCCUUAAGACUUUUAAAAAGCACUGCAAAUGUGUGUUAUUAUGUACUCAAUGCUAUUUGUAUUUACAGUGCCUUCGGAAAGUAUUCAGACCCCUUGACCUUUUCCAUAUUUUGUUACGUU